AUGUCCACUGCACUGGCCUGGUCUUGUUUUAAUAAAGGUUCUAUUCUAUUCUGUAUAACACAGGCCACUAGUCCCAAAAGACCCUCACUGGGGGCAGUAGCCCCUCGUAAAAAAGCCAAUCCAAAGCCUGAGCUGACAGAGGAGCAAAGGCAGGAGAUCCGAGAGGCGUUUGAGCUCUUUGACACGGAUGGCUCUGGUUAUAUUGAGGUGAAGGAGUUAAAGGUGGCCAUGAGAGCGCUGGGGUUUGAGCCUAAAAGGGAGGAAAUCAAGAAAAUGAUUGGAGAGGUUGAUAAGGAUGCUACUGGAAAGAUCUCUUUCAGUGAUUUUAUGACAGUGAUGACCCAAAAAAUGGCUGAAAAGGACUCCAAGGAAGAAAUUCUUAAGGCUUUUCGGCUGUUCGACGAUGCCGAGACUGGAAAAAUAUCUUUCCGGAAUCUAAAGAGAGUGGCCAAAGAGCUCGGGGAAAACCUCACAGACGAGGAGCUGCAGGAAAUGAUUGAUGAAGCAGACAGAGAUGGUGAUGGAGAAGUUAACCAGCAGGAAUUUCUUCGCAUCAUGAAGAAAACAAGUUUGUACUGAAUGUUAUCAG